UUAAAGGUCACUUCUCAAGCUCCACGUACGUACGUGUUUACAUUUGAUGUGAAAAUCUGUAAUUGAUGUUAGAAUGUUACUUCUACAUUUCAGAUGAAUUGGAUUGAAUGCGGACAUUGGAUGCAGUUACACGCACAUGGCACUUAAACUGCUUUUCUGAGUCAGCUUUCCUCUUGGAAAAGCUUCCCAUUGUGUUGCGUCAUGGCCUGGAUGUUCAGUAAGGCUGAAAACCUCUUAAACUCACUGGAUCAGUCGGCAAAUCAGGUUCUGAAUACUUCAACACCGGAUCAAGAAAAAAAGAGUUACGCAAACGGAGAUGCAGCUCUCCAUCAGAACGAUUUCACUGGCGGCGCCGGCAAACAAAAUGGCCAGGUCUCGCCGGGUCAGAUGUCAACCUCUGCCAGUGCUUAUAGCCUAACCCCCACCGACCUGGCCAACACGGCUAGCAUCCGCCGGACGCCCAGCGAGAGUGCUCUGGGCUCCCCGGUGGCCCAGUCGAAGAGCCGCGGCUCCAAGCUCCGUACCGACCAGGACGACGAGAAACUCUUUGAAUUCUUGAACAAACCGUCGACGGCCAGCACCGGCAGAUCCUCGCCACUUGCCAGCGAGCGACGGAGGGACAAAAAGAACACUGCUGCGAGUAGCGGGACAGGAAACACUGCCAGCAGACAGCACUCGAGACAAUCCAGCACGUCGUCAACCAUGUCAUCCAAAAGUGCAAGAGUGGAUGGGGUCGUAGUGGAUAACUCCCCAUCACCUACCACAGACAAUCCAGUGCUACUGUCAGUUGGUGAUGACCAGCCAGACAGCACCGAACCACCUGUGAUCAACAACAUCUCGGACAGUGACCGCUCGGAUGGCCCAGACGAGGGGCCGUCCUACCCCUCAGCCCCCAGCCAAGUGGGGCACAACAUGAGGGAUGAACAGUCUCACCAGCUGUCCUCCCUGGAGCUGGAAAACAAGUUGCUCAAGAACGAGGUGGGGUCUUUAAACCAGGAGAUGGCGUCUGCCCUGGCCAGGGCACGCAAGGCACAAGAAGAGCUGAAGCAGGUGAAGUCAGAGAUGCAGCGACGCCAGCAGCAGAUGUCCAGCAGCGACAGCAUCAUCCGACAGCUGCAGGCCCGGGAGGAAGACUUGACCGAGGAGCUGGGUGCUAAGAACUCCCAGCUGGCCGUCCUGCGGGUGCGUCUGCAGGAGGCAGACGGAGAGCUGAAGGCCAAAGCCAGGCAGCUGGAUGGGCUACAGUCAGAGAGAGACAGAAUCCUUCGAGACCACAGCGAUGCAAGUGGCGUCCACAGCAACGCCUUGGACUCGGUCAAGGACAGACUCGGUGAGACGGAGUCCUUAUUGAAGAGAGAGCAGGAUGCCUAUAAAACUGCACAGGUUGAGUUUAUGGAGAGGCAAGGGAAGCUGGAAUCAGAACAGCAGAACCUGGCCGAAGCGUUGACUUCAUCACAGAAGAAAUACCAUGAAGAAAAGAGCAACUCGCAUCAGUUGGCCCAGCAACUCAAGACAGCCAAGAGCCACCUGGAGACGGCCAAGGAGGAUCUUUCUGAUUACAAGCAGAAGGCUACCAGGAUACUCCAGUCCAAAGACAAGCUAAUAGCCAGCCUGAAGGACGGUGCCAGCCCCAGUGAAGGCUCAUCCACAUCGGGGAUAGAGCUUGAAGAGCUCAGGAAUGAGAGGGAUAGCUUGUGGGAGGAGCUACAGAUGGCAAAUGGGAGGAUGCAGCAACUCAGGAGCGAAUUGCAGGAGUUGGAAGCCAUGCAGCAGUCGGAAUCUGACACGGCCCAGGAUCAGAUCCGGGACUUGGAAGACCAACUGACGACCAGCCAGCAGCAGCUGCGGGAGGUGGAGACGGACUUGCGACAGAAGGGGGAGGAGCUUAGAUACGUGGAGGCGGAGAGCCACAAGACCAAGAUGAGCCUGCAGACCAGGCUGCAGGACAGGGAAGAGGAGAUUCAGAAACUGAGAAACCAGCUGACAGCUAGGAAUACCAGCAGUACCUCUCAGAUGGAGCUGGAAUCCCGACUUCAUGCCCUGACAGAGAGUCUGAUCCAGAAACAGACCGUGCUGGAAGCGCUGAGCACUGAGAAGAACUCACUGGUCAUGCAGCUGGAGAGAGCCGAGAGGCAAUAUAAGGAACAUCAGUUGAAUACAGCCAGGAGUGAAAGUCACACUGUUACCAUGAGGAGUUCAGAUGACGAUGAAGGAACAAGGCAACGAGGACUACCGUCAUUCUUACGAGAGACUCCCCUGGAUGCUGUGGUCACCAAGAACGUCAAACGGGCGGCCAACACCAUUGAUAAGUUCAGCGUUCGGCUGGGAGUGUUCUUGCGACGGUACCCAAUCGCGAGGUUGUUUGUCAUCGCCUAUAUGAUCCUUCUUCAUAUCUGGGUGAUGAUCGUACUGCUAACGUACACGCCAGAAAUCCACGGAUCUGACUUCCAUCCACAAGGUCCAAAAUAAAAAUGCCUUCGGAAACCAGCAAACAUCUGAGCAGUUUGCUGUGGUUAUGAUUUCUUUUGCCAAGGAAGGCAAGUUGUACGAAUGGAGUGCGGUAUGGACCGUGGCCGUGCUACAUGGUUAUAUGUAGCACAGCUUGUUGCCAUGGAUCAACCAAUUAGGAUCAAGGAUUCAAGUUUACUUCAAGAUAAUAUCUGUUAUUGCAUGCUCCAUAUAGACCUGAGACCUAAUGACGUAAUGGCUUUGUUUACCUAUGGCUAUGGGAGCGAAGUUGGGACGCCAGACGAAAGCGCACAUGUAAACAAAGAGUGACGUCAUAAGGUCUCAGGCCUAUUGCACAGCGGAUGUCUAGUGCAUUUUCCUGAAAAGAUAAUACAAAGUGAGGUUUUGCUAUACAGUGUUAAUAAAAUAUAUGUCGGUGAAGGGCAGAACCCAAUAUUAAAUUUACAUCUCCCAAACGCAAAUUGCCAUCGUAAAAAUAGUGCCCCGAACUGAAGUGACCACAG